AUCCUCAGAGUCUUUAAACAAGCGUUCAGUCUAAAAUCUAAUGCCAUCACAAGGAUAAAAUAUUGCUCUGAAUAAAUCAGGGAAACUAGGAAAACUGUUUUGUUCCAAAUAUGGGUAUGUAUAAACCAGCAACAGUGUGUUCAUCUUUGUGUCAAUGCUUGAGAUUUAUUCUGUAUUUUAGUAUGUCUAGUGUUAUCACUGCUCUCAUUAGUAAGCGCUGCAUGACUUUUGAUGAGCAUCUCCUCAAUGACAUUGGCACUUUUUGCCAAUAUCAACCUGGUCAUGGUCCCUAUGGUGAAUGUAAAGUCUUAGACUUCCAAAAGGAUCUCUUGGAGCUUGAGACAGGAAUCAGAUCUCUUUGCAUUUACAGUGAUACUGCAGUGAUUCAAGCCAGUGCUUUCUCACACCUUGCAACCUUGGAACGUCUGCAAAUACAUGGAUCCAAUCUCAGAAAAGUUCAGCCUGGUGCUUUUUUUGGCCUUGUCAACCUAAAAUACCUGUAUGUUAUUUUCAAUUCCUCUCAUUGCAACAAUGUUGUCUUGGACACUCCUGUGUUUGAUGGAUUGGAUCAUCUAGAGGAACUAACCUUAAAAGGAUUUCAAUUGUCUAACAUUCCCAAUACCACAUUUGUGCAUCUGGUCAGUUUAGUUAAACUGUCUUUGGACACUGUUUGUGUGGAGGAACUUGGUGAGGUUUUAUGCAAAGUUCCAACAGAAAUGUCCCACUUGAAACACCUAGAGGUGAUUAACAGUGGCAUGACUUCCAUCAGAAACAGAGGCUGUUCGUCAUGGCCUUUAGCUGUACUUGCAGGAAUACAGGUUUUAGAUCUUGGUCAAAACUCUAUUAAAAUAAUUGAUGCAAACUCUCUGGCAGUGUUUCAGAACCUUUCAAGUUUCUCUUUAGGUUUUUGUGGUGUAUGGCUGGGAGAAAUUUGGGAGUCUGGAGUUGAGAAAGUGAGCAACAUUACGUUGUCUGGAACUAUAUUACAAAAAUAUUAUACAAAUUGCAAAGACAUGUGCCAGCUAGUUUCUAACUUGGAUCUCCACUCUCUCAAGCUAUCCUAUAUACUGUUAGAUUCACUGUCAAUGGAAGAUUUAAAAGAUUGUGGAAAAGAACUUACAGUGCUUGGUAUAUAUAAUUCAAAAGUCCAGCAGCUGGACCCAGCAUUUUGGAGACACGUAACAGGAAUACAGACAAUGGAUUUGGUCAACAUGGCAUUAACUGAAGCUUCAUUCUGUGCUACUGCCAAUGGGACUGUUUGGAAUGUAACUACUCUGAAUCUAAUGUGUAACCAGCUAACAGUAGUCAAAACACACCAGUUUGUUUGCACCCCUCUACUCGAGCAACUCCUACUUAAUGAAAAUGCAAUUACAACUCUAGAACCUGAAGCAUUCAGUGGUCUGCAUCAUCUUAAAGUUCUCAAACUUAACUCAAACAAGAUCAAAAUGCUCGCUACCAAUGACUUUCAGUCUCUUUGGUCUCUGGAAGUCCUGCUCAUUGAUGAAAAUGUGAUUGAGAGCAUUAAGGAUGGGACAUUUAGAAACCAGAAGGAGCUGCGUGAACUUGCCUUUGGAAGGUUGGAGUAUGUAUAUGUGUUAAAUCUGAACCUCUUGUUUUAUGGCUUUCCAAAGAACAUACAGCGCCUCAGAAUUGAUGCAUAUGUUGGGACUGAUAUUACUUUUGGAAAUCUUGGAAGCCCCAAAGGAAGCUUCAUAUUUGAACUAAAUGGAUUCGAGCUCAAAAUCGGAGAGAACUAUCGUCCUUUUUUGGAAUCUGUCCGAGAGCUUAAGCUGACUGGACGCUCAUUUUAUAUGAAGAACUACUUCUUUGUUCCUUAUUUUUCGCAUCUAGAAUCUUUAGAGUUUACAGCUGAUCCUGAGAAGUUGUUCAUCGAUUACACGGGAAUCAACAAUUUGCAUUAUCUCAAGCGUCUCAAACUCAUCAACCUUAAUUUCUCAAACCACACCAAUCCUGCUAUGACCUUUUGGAAUCUAAAACGGCUGCAGAUCCUUGUACUCCAUAACUGCCGUCUGAAUUUCCUGACAAAGAUGAUGUUCAGAGAUCUGCACUCACUGGAACUGUUGCAUCUCCACAGUGACAACAUGUUAAGCUUACAGGAUGGGAUGUUUGAUGCCUUGCCAGUUCUGAGAGCUGUGGUGCUUAACAGAGUGAUCUUUCAAUGUGACUGUGAGACUGGCUGGUUCCUAGAAUGGGCACAGAGCACGCGAGCACAGGUGAUCAAUUUGCAGCAGCAGCAAUGUGUCUGGCAUUACCAGAAACUGAAUUUAUUGUCCACCAUGGAAAAGUUAUGUCAGACAGAUGUGCAGUACCUGUGCUAUUUAGGCACUGUCAACAUUGUCGGUCUGCUGCUGUUGGGUGCUCUUGGCUAUCGUUUUGCUUACUGGCCUUGCGUAGUCUUCAUCUUCCGACUUCGAGGAUAUAUGGAGAGGAAGUUUGGUAAAGGUUGCUGGAGGAGAAGGCAAAGGCACAGAGGGGAUGCACUAGAAGCUGAAGAAGACAUGAAAUACGAUGCAUUUGUGUCAUUCAGUAGCCGUGAUGAAGCUUGGGUCCUGGAGGAGUUGGCUCCCAGGUUGGAGGAACAAGGCCAACCCAGGUUGCGACUCUGCUUGCACAACAGAGACUUUGAGGUGGGGAAGGGAAUUGUCGAUAACAUAGCAGAGAGUAUCUACAGCAGCCGACGCACAGUUUGUGUGCUUAGUCGUCAGUAUCUGCGAAGUGAUUGGUGCAGCUUUGAGAUGCGAGUAGCAACACACCGACUGCUUGAAGAACAGAAACAUCGGCUCAUUCUUAUCUUUCUUGAGCACAUCUCCCCCUUUGAGCUCAGCACUUAUCACCGCUUGGCCAAGCUGGUGAAAUCCCACACAUAUGUGGACUGGCCACAGGAAGAAGGGGAGAGGAUACACUUCUGGGAACGUCUGAGAAGAAGCAUUGCUUAUGGAGAGAUGGAUGCUCCAUAGGAACAACAUGUACCACCAUAAAGGACUACUGUAAAUGUUGUCCCUUAGAUUUGGAUGAUGUAUGCAGAAAAAUGAUAAUAGUUUCAAUGUUUGUAUAUACAAUCAUAGAAAAAUGCAAAGUUAAUUUGUGUUCCCCCCUUUAAAGCA